AUGGUGGUGAAGAUGAUGAGGUGGCGUCCAUGGCCUCCUCUGACCACGAAGAAGUACGAAGUGAGGCUUGUGGUGCGGAGGUUGGAGGGCUGGGAUCUGGUGCGGGAGGCUGCAGGUGGGGCCGACCCACUGGAGAAAGAGGACAAGUGGACGGCGGAGAUUAUGUGGAAGGGAUCGAAGGUCAAGGUCGGGGCCUUGAGCUCUCUCAGGCGUGCCAUCGUCAAGAGGAACUUUACCAGAGAGGUCGAGGCUUCUUCCGAAAACGGCGUCAUUCAGUGGGACGAGGAAUUUCACAGCGUUUGCUCUUUCUCGGCUUACAAGGACAAUGUGUUUCACCCUUGGGAGAUCGUCUUCACUGUCUUCAAUGGUUUGAAUCAAGGGCCCAAAAAUAAGGCUCCUGUUGUUGGAACAGCAUCAGUGAACCUUGCUGAAUUUGUUUCGGAAGCUGAACAGAAGGAGCUUCAGUUAAACAUCCCCCUCACAUCAUCUGGUGGUGCUGCUGAGCCAUGCCCCUCACUUUGUAUAUCACUCAGCUUAUUGGAACUGAGAACUGCUCAAGAAAUCACAGAGCCAGUGCAAAGAUCACUCGUGCCUGUUCCAUCACCGCCUCAGUCAGCAGAGACUAUCUCGACAGAAAAAGAUGAGCUUUCUGCUCUUAAAGCUGGGCUUAGAAAAGUAAAGAUUUUUACCGAGUAUGUGUCUGCUAGAAAAGCAAAAAAGCCCUGUCGUGAGGAGGAUGGCAGUGAGGGUAGGUGCUCUGCCAGGAGUGAGGAUGGUGAGUAUAACUAUCCUUUUGACUCUGAUUCACUGGAUGAUUUUGAGGAAGGUGAAUCAGAAGAGGUCAAAGAGGAUUCCACUGUUAGGAAGUCAUUCAGUUAUGGCACACUGGCUCAUGCAAAUUAUGCUGGAGGAUCAAUUUACUCCAAUAUGAGAAUCAAUGGUGAAGGUGAGGAUUGGGUUUACUACAGCAAUCGUAAAUCAGAUGUGGGGUGCUCACAAGCUGAGGAUUCAACUGCAUCAGUCUCUGAGCCCUCUGCAAGUUCAAAGCGAGGCUUACUAUCAUGGAGGAAGAGAAAGCUGAGCUUCAUUCGCUCUCCUAAAGCCAAAGGAGAACCAUUGUUGAAGAAGGCCUAUGGUGAAGAAGGUGGUGAUGACAUUGAUUUUGAUCGUCGGCAGCUUAGCUCCGAUGAAUCCCUAUCUCUCGGGUGGAACAAGACGGAGGAGGAUUCAUCUGCUAAUCGGUCGUCAGUGUCUGAAUUUGGAGAUGAUAAUUUGCCAUAG